AUGCCUGGAUUCACGAACGAGACAUCGGGGCCGAGGAUGAGGGACUCGCCGAAGGGGUUGUUGCUGCCGAUGGCUGGUGCAGAGCAUAGCGACUCCGGCUCGCACGAUGGCGCCGUGACAGACCACCACACCAUAUCGAGCACCACGGAGACCGACAACGAGAAACACCUCGAUUUAGAACAAGAUGAUCCGGACCGGGAAAAGAAGAUCAAAGAAGCACUAGCAGAAGGUCAUGACGCAGACACACCAUCUGGGAUUGGCUAUGUCCUCGACGAACGAGGCGAGCUGAAGAGGAAACGCUCCAUCGCAGAGCAGACGAACCUGGCACUGGCCAAAAGCAGGAGCAACGCUUCUCACCAUAACGGUGCCAGCGACCUUGAGAAGGGCAUCACUCCUGAGGACGACGGCAAAGACGCCCAGGCAGUCACCGGGAACGAGAGCGAUCCGAACAUCGUCUGGUGGGACGGUCCCGACGACCCAGAGAACCCAAUGAACUGGCCCAGCUGGCGCAAAGUCCUUACAUGUUGCAUUAUCUCAUUCCUGACUUUCGUCACGCCGCUCGCUUCUUCCAUAUUCGCGCCCGGCGUCCCUGCCCUCAUGGCCGAUUUCCGCUCCGACAGCAACCUGCUGGCCUCUUUCGUCGUGUCCGUCUACGUCCUGGGCUUCGCCUUUGGACCAUUGGUAAUGGCCCCUAUGAGUGAGCUUUACGGGAGAUCAAUCGUCUACCACGUCAGCAACGUGGGCUUCUUCGCAUUCCUUAUCGGCUGCGCACUUGCCCCGAAUCUGAACACCUUGGUCGUUUUUCGGUUUUUCUGCGGUUGCUUCGGCGCCAGCCCACUCACAAACGGCGGUGGCUCCAUAGCGGACAUAAUCCGACAAGAAAAGCGAGGCAGUGCCAUGGCGGCCUUCAGUGUCGGCCCUCUUCUUGGUCCAAUCAUCGGUCCCGUUGCGGGCGGGUUCCUAACUCAGGCAAAAGGUUGGCGCUGGGUCUUCUGGGUCCUCGCCAUUGUGGCUGGUGUGGUGACGGUCCUGAUGCUCGUGUUGAUGCGCGAGACAUACGCCCCCGUCAUCCUGGAACGGAAGGCCGCCAGGCUGCGCAAAGAAACGGGCAAUGAGAUGCUGCGGUCCAAACUUGACAUUGGCCUGUCUCCGAGAGACCAUUUCUACCGCGGCAUCAUCAGGCCGCUGAAAAUGCUCAUCAGGUCGCCCAUUGUUGCCCUCUUUGCGGUGUACAUCGCUGUGGUGUACGGAUACCUUUACCUUAUGUUCACGUCCAUGUCACAGGUUUUCCAAGAAACCUAUCAUUUUAGCACCAGUGUCACCGGCCUGGUCUUUCUUGGGAUGGGGGUUGGUUCUAUGGCCGGACUGGCCUAUUUCUCGUUGACUUCUGACCGCUACAUCCAAAAGAUGGCGAAGCUAGAGGGCAAGGGCAUGAAGCCAGAAUAUCGUCUGCGGCAAUUACCAGUGGGCGCAUUUCUGCUCCCGGGAGGCUUUUUUCUUUACGGAUGGACGGCCCAGUAUCAUGUCCAUUAUAUCGUCCCAAUUAUAGGGACUGGAAUCAUCGGUAUGGGCAACAUAAUUAUCUUCAUGAGCCUUCAGCUAUAUCUAGUUGAUGCAUUCACCAUUUUUGCCGCUAGCAGUCUUGCCGCCAAUACCGUGGUACGGUCGGUCGCAGGUGCCGUUCUGCCGUUGGCGGGACUGUCUAUGUAUGAGGCCCUUGGUUUGGGCUGGGGCAACAGCUUACUGGGUUUUAUUGCCCUGGCGCUGGCUCCACUGCCAUUCUGGAUUAUGGCAAAGGGAGAGUGGAUGAGGACAAAAUAUGACCUCAAGGAUUUGUAG